AUAAAGGAACUGAACCCCGAGUUAAAUACUCAGAUAGACUCUAUUCGCGCCAAACUGUUUACGUGACUCUUUAUGCGAAUAUAUGACUCUGCGUGUGAAUUCUUUGUUAUUUACAUAGUUUCAAUUUUGUUAUCCGUGUCUCUUAGGAAUUCUUUUACAUUUAUAUUCGUUCUCAUUUCACUCGUUAUUGACUUGAUAAUAAAGUUAAGCGAACGUCGAAACGUCGUCGUAUUUUUCUUAAACCAAGAUGGUUUUUAAUUUUUUAAACUUUUCGAUUUUAUCGCAAUUCUUUAUAGUUAAAUUGUUUAACAAACCUCCUCUCAGGUUAUAGGCCAGUAAAGGAAUUCCAUACAGUUGGGUUAAAGAACACAACACUUAAUUUUUGUUAAUUGACUCUAUCGCGGUUAUUCUUGCAAAUUCCCGUAGUUCUCUUGUCUGGGCUAAGUGUGCGUCGUAAAACGAUUGAGACGUGAGUGAUUUUUGAUUAAGUACGCAGACAGAUAGGCGCGAGAAAGACUUUCUAUGUCAUUAAAUUCCUGAGAAAUGUAAAAGCUUUUAGAGUGUGUGUCAGCUCUACUGAAAGACCCAGUUGUACUUUGGAAUGCAACCAAGAGAUUUUAAUUGGUAAACUCAUCCAUCAUACUCAAACUGAGGGAUAAUUAGAAAAAGGUGCAAAUUUUGUUUGGUUGAACGACGUUUAUCGAAAAGUUGGCCACUGGGGUGCUUGGUCUCGAGUGAAAGGACCGGUCAACUACGUAGUAAUAACGAUGACAGUCGACGACGAAAUAUUCAGGCUCAAUCAUGGCCAUGGGAACUUAUAGUAGAGAAUACAAAAGAGCUGUCAUGCGAAACACAGCAGCGGGAGGUAACUUGCAAAAUAGUUUAGACAGCCUCGAGGAUCAGAAGAAGCGUCUCGUGCGCUCUUUUGAAGAGAAGAAGCUGAAUCUUACAGAAAGAAAAUGUGCACUUCCAAAACUGUUCUCCUCGCUUGGGCAGAUUGGAGGAAAAGAACGUAGUAAACGCAGUCCACUCACAAAACAGCUUUCAGAUAGUUCAGCGUUAGUUGAGUCUCGUGAAAGGAGAUUGAAGGAAUUAUCCUCAUCUAAGAACGACGUGGUGAAUUUUAACAAGCAAAACCAUCAAAUAUCAAAUACUGCAGCAGAACAGGACAGUACUCUGUUACCGCCUGCUAUCGGAUCUACUUCCCGACCACGGCUCUUUGUAGAGCGAAGGAGACAUAGCGAAAACCUCCCGAGCGAGACGCCGAAACCACCGCUAGUAUCAACCCUCUUGCUGCCUGCAAAAAUAACUGAAUCGGAAGAGGAGCAGGAGGCAUACGGCUCCGACCCGGAGCAGGGCACAUUCAAGACCAAAUUGAGAGUUCCAGCCCCUUAUACAAGUCUGGGGACGCAGUUGCCCCUCUCACCACUUCUGCAAAGGAAGGCCUCACAGCUCUCCAAGCUUCAGUUAGCUCCUUUAGACGCGGCAACUGAAAGGCAGAGCGUAUCGCUGCUUGCCUCACCCCGUUUUCAGCGCCGGCGCGCAGAGAGCUGGGACCAGGGAAAAGAAUUAGAUGAUGCGGAGCUCUCGAGAGAGGGACAGAAACUUCGCUCGAUGAAAUUGAACUGUGAAGAAAUCGAAAGCAGCAAACAGGAUGUGGGAAGGCUGUCACCGCGUGCACCGACGUCACCACAAAUUUCGCCAAGAAGACUGCGCGCUUUUCAACCUCUCGGGGCUGACCAAUCACAGCGUUCUCCUCAAGAGGGCUUGUUUCUUUUGCCAAAACUAGACACACGGGGUUCAUUAUCAAGUAUGUUGGACGACAAUGGGAAAGAGAGAGCCAAGAGGCGAGUGCUCAGUCUGGCAGCAGAUAAUACUACGAGAGAAGCACUCGAUCUUCAAAAUUUAUCUCCCAAGACAGAAAAAAAGCUUAGGAACUUCUUAAACUCCGAGAACGGAGGGUUAACCGGGUUUUCCUCCAAGCAAGAUGGGCUUGAAGAUAGAGUAGAAGAUGGCAAAGGUCCAAAAAGACCAGAAGCGGAAGAGGAGGAAUGUACUUGGAACAGCGAUAAUGAUGACGAUGACGAUGAAACAAUUGGAAACAAUGUGGCUGGUCAAAAGAAGAUUCAUUCACUGGAGGAGAUUAAACACACUCGCUAUCUGCGCAUGAAGUCACCAGUUCAUUGGCUACCGAAAAUGGGAAAUAUGCCAAAGCCUUUGCUUUCGUCAUCAAUUAUUGUAGGACACACGAAGGUGGGUUUCAAGUCAAUUUCCGAACGCCAAGGAGAUAAAGAAGAAAAUAAAAACUCUGAACAGAGUAAGUGUUACGAUGAAAUGGAAAAUAUGGAAUGGAAAGGAAUCGAUGAACAAUCCAAACUGGAGCCAAAGGAAAAGGAAAACAACAACAACAAUGAAACUUACAGGGAUGAUCCGGAGGUUAAGGAAAACUCUUUUAUCGGUUGCUAUUAGUGUUCCUUAGCCUACGUGCAGGUCACUCUCAGAAGACAGAGCUGAAUAACGUAUACGCAUGCGCUAGGUUUUGCCGCGGAAACAGUGGAAAUACGGAUUUUGAG